CAAUCGUCUGAAUGCUUUAAUUGCUCCUGCUUUCCCCCAAAAGGCCCACACACACUACACUACACUGCUUGCUGCUCGCACUAACAACAUCUCAUGAAGAUGUGAAGAAGAGAAAGAAAAAGGGGAAAUAGGAGUUCGAUUUAAGGAUUUCAUUGUUUAAUCGCGGGCUUGUGUUUAAUUUUUCACUUCUUAGUUUAAAGCUGCUUCUUUUUGUUCCUAGAAAGAAGCAAUGUUUUUUGAAUGAUUUUUGUUUGUUUUUGGGAGACGAAUAUAACUUCUUGCUGUUGUUAAGUGUCUUUUGCUUUUGGGUUUUGUGGUCAAUUUCUGUUUGGUACAGAUCUAUGGGUACGAGGGCGUAGUAGAGAUCUCUUAUUUCUUGAUUUCUUGAUUUCUUACCUUUUUGUUUUUUUGUUGGGAUUUGGAUUUGGUUGCCAUUAUAUUUGUGCUGUUGAUGAAUGGUAGUGGCGAUGGAUUUGGGAUAGCUGAGCUUAAUUUAUUGGGGCAUCUUCUUGUCUCUUUGAAUUCUGCUCUUAUUUGAGGAAAAAAAAAUCGAUUUGGGAGUACAGAAAUGGGAUGUUUUUCUUGUAUGAGCCCUGGAAAUAAGGAUGCGAGGGAUUGUGAUGACAAAAUAGCCCCAAGAUCCAUUAAAUCCUCAGUUGGUGGGAAAAGAAAGGCGAAUGCCAAUGGCAGUGAGAAUGGGAAGAGGGCGGGAUCCGUGAGAGCUAAAGGCAAUGAAGGGAAUAAUAUCCGCAAGGGUAAUGUGGCGCGAGGCUUCACGUUUAAGGAGCUUGCAAUGGCGACGCAGAACUUUAGGGAGGUUAAUUUGAUUGGUUCGGGUGGAUUUGGAUGUGUUUACAAAGGUCGCCUAGAAUCUGGCUUGAUUGUUGCUGUGAAGCGGCUUAAUCUUGAAGGCCUUCAAGGGACUCAAGAAUUUAUAGUCGAAGUUCUUAUGCUCAGUUUGUUGCACCAUCCGAAUCUUGUGAAUUUGAUCGGAUAUUGUACAGACGGCGAUCAGAGGCUCCUCGUUUACGAGUUCAUGCCGAUGGGCAGUCUUGAAAAUCAUCUCUUUGGGAUGAAUAUGAAGCCGUUGAGUUGGUGCACGAGGCUGAAGAUCGCUGUCGGUGCUGCUCGGGGACUCGAAUAUCUUCAUUGCAAAACUAAUCCACCCGUCAUCUACCGCGAUCUGAAAUCAUCCAACAUAUUGUUGGACGACGAUUUCAACGCAAAAUUGUCUGAUUUCGGACUUGCCAAACUGGGACCUGUUGGCGACAACACUCACGUUUCGACUCGAGUGAUGGGAACUUACGGAUACUGUGCCCCGGAAUAUGCCAUGAGUGGCAAGCUUACUCUCAAAUCUGAUAUCUAUAGCUUUGGCGUCGUUCUUCUCGAGCUGAUUACCGGUCGCAAGGCUAUCGACAACGCUAGGAUGCCGGGAGAGCAAAAUCUCGUUGCGUGGUGUCGACCUUUUUUGAAGGACCGGCGAAAAUUUGUUCAGAUAGUCGACCCUCGGCUGGGACGGUUUUCGGCGCGGAGCCUUCACCAUGCGAUUGCGAUAACUUCGAUGUGUAUUCAGGAGCAGGCGAGUUUUCGCCCCCUGAUCGGAGAUAUCGUGUCGGCACUCGAAUACUUAGCGUCUCAAGCUGAGGAUGCUCAGAGAAGCGGCAGAUCUCAUAGCCGGACAUCAUCUUCGCCAUCUCAACUGGACGUUGUGAAAUCUGAAUCGAGAGGACAUGAGAAGGUCGAUAACGCGCCGAGCUGAGGUUUUAUACUCUUUCGGGCAGCGCUAAGUGUAAGAAGGCGGUAUAUAGAGAGUUGACUGUGCGCUGCGCCGGAAACAUCGCCGGAGGAGUCUGUGUUCGUUCUGUUUUCUGGCAAAUAUUUCCUGGUCUUUUGUAAAUGAUCGUCGAAAAUGUCGUUGCUAACGUUUUUCUUUUUUUGCUUUGGGGUUUUUGUUUAUGUGUAAUUUUGUUUUUUGGGAAGAUUGAAGAUGUGGGUUUGGUAUAUGAAGCAAAGCAAUAUUUUGUUUUAUGAUCUUCAUGAUCAACUGCAAAGAUUAUUAUAUACAUUAUUAUUGUA